AUGCCGUCCUCCAGCAAAGUCCCAUUCUUGCUGCUGGCUGUCCUGCUCGCAAAUGCCAUGGCACUCCCUCAGAUUCACAGUCGCCAAGGCUGUACUGACUCUACUGACUCUACUGAGUCCAGUUGUGUUGGCGCGGAUUGUGAUUUUGUCAAUCUCUGUUACGGUAUCUGA